UUGGGGUUGGGGGGUACCUUGUAACGCAGCGUGGUUGACAGCCAGAACGCGACCUGAAUUGGCUUUUGCUCGAUGACGCUCCUGAUGGGCAAGCCCAGGCUGCAAGCACAAAGGAAGUUUGCUCAAUCCCAGCCGAAUAGUCCCAGCACAACUCCAGUAAAGAUAGUGGAGCCAUUGCUACCCCCUCCAGCUACUCAAAUUUCUGACCUCUCUAAAAGGAAGCCUAAGACAGAAGAUUUUCUUACCUUUCUCUGCCUUCGAGGUUCUCCUGCGCUGCCCAACAGCAUGGUAUAUUUCGGAAGCUCUCAGGACGAGGAGGACGUCGAGGAGGAAGAUGAUGAGACAGAAGACGUCAAAACAGCUACCAACAAUGCUUCAUCUUCAUGCCAGUCAACCCCCAGGAAAGGAAAAACCCACAAGCAUGUUCACAAUGGACAUGUUUUCAAUGGUUCCAGCAGGUCAUCUCGGGAGAAGGAACCUGUUCCGAAACACAAAAGCAAAGAGGCCACGCCGGCGAAGGAGAGGCACAGUGAUCCCCGGGCCGACGGCCGGAGGGAGCAGGCUUCCGCGAGCCGCCCCCCAGCGGCCCCCUCCGCGGGCUCCUCUGCCAGGGGGCUCCCCGCUCACCACCCCCCUCCUCUGCAUCGGUCGGCUCAGGACUUACGGAAACAGGUAAAGCCCAGCCCUGCCGCCGGGGGACCAGGGUCUGGCCCGGAGGGUGCCGGUCUUCCUGCCAGAUGCCACCGCCGUGUUUCAUCAAGUUAACUGAAGGGGAAAUGUGAGUAGUAGCCUCGAGAGAUCCAUCUUUCCAGAGCUCAGAAGGCAGGAAAGGAUGCUCAGAGGUGAGAGGGGGUGAGAGAGAGGUGACCUGGGCACAGAGGUGCCAGCGCACACGCCUCUCCUACCGUGAAGAUGGAUCAGGCGGGGCCAUUGGUGGGUUUGCAUCCCUCCCUGGAGGGUGCUGCCAGCACCCAGCGCCACCAGCAGUGGACCCUCGCUUGCUGGGAUGCCCUAGAAGGGUAGGGAGGGAACGCUCCCUCGUCACCCCUCCCCCGCCCCAGCGCCCCGGGCACCACGUGAGGCAAGGAGUCCUCAAGUUAGGCCGGGAGCCACGAGUUACCUUGGA